CGACUCCUAGCCUUAUGUAAAAUGGUUGGAUGUUGGUUAAUUAAGAUGCUUCGUAUUAGCUAGAGAUUGUUAUCUAUAAUUAAAAUAAUUUAAACCAACUUUUUGUAAUAAUAAAAAUUAUUUAAGGGACGCUAACCUUACAGUACCAGCAUGGCUGAGGCGAGUAACGAUACACGAGGAGGAGAUUUUGCAUCCCGGGCCGCCACUCUGGAUGGAGAUGAAAAUGAAAAUGAGGAAACCUCUGAGGUGUUCCUCAGUGUACUUGUACAUCAUGGCCAGGUGGGGCUCAGCUUCUACGACAGUAAAGAUUGCACCCUGCAUGUCAUGCCCGACACGGUGGAUACCCAGGACCUCAGUCUGCUGGACAGAAUCAUCCAGGAGCUCAGCCCUCGUGUCCUCCUCACCAGCGCCAAGCAGGAGAGAAGUCUGGCCCGGUUUAUCAGAGCACUCGGAUCAAAUCCAGACUACAGCCCGGAAAUUGUAGUGUAUCCCAACGCUGAUUUUGGACUGGAGGUCAGUAAACAGAGGCUGCUGUCGGCGCAUCUCCCUUUUCUCCCUCCGUCCAUCACGGAGAAAGACCGACUCCCGUAUCUCUCCUCCUGCCUCCCGUUUGACUCGGUGUUAAUGGUGAGGACUAUAGGAGCGCUCCUGAAGUGUCUGGACAGGAGGAGAGUCGGUGUUGAACUGGAAGAGAGCAGCAUGCCGGUUCCCAUAUUACAGUUCCUCACCUACUCACUAGCUGAUGUGGUGUAUAUGGAUAAAGAUGCGUACAGCGUUCUCCAGAUCUUCAAAUAUGAGCUGCACCCUUCGGUUUACAAGCUGCAGUCAGGACAGAAGGAGGGUCUGAGUCUUUACGGAAUUCUGAAUCGCUGCCGAUGCAAAUUUGGCUCCAGACUCCUACGACAGUGGUUUCACAGGCCCACCAGAGACCUGAGCGUGUUGAGGAGAAGACAGGAGGUGAUUCGUUUCUUCACCUCUCCUCGCCACUCGGAGCUCAUGAGCACACUGCAGAGCUUCCUGCGCAACAUCAAGAACAUUCCGGUUUUGCUACGCAAAAUGUCUCUGUCUCAUACCAAAGUGGCUGACUGGCAGAAUCUCUACAAGACGGUGUAUAGCGCAGUGGGGAUCACAGACACUGUGCGCUCGCUCCCCCAGACCAUCCAGCUCUUUCGGGAGAUCAGUGAAGAAUUCACAGACGAUCUGCACUACAUCGCUACGCUCAUUAGCAGAGUGGUGGAUUUUGAAGGAAGUCUGGCUGAGAAUCGCUUCACCAUUAAGCCAAACGUCGACCCUGCCAUCGACGAGAAGAAAAGAAGGAUGAUGGGCUUGUCAGAUUUCCUGACAGACGUGGCGCGCGCCGAGCUGGAGAAUCUGGACUCUCGUUUUUCUUCCUGCAGUGUCAUCUACAUCCCUCUGAUCGGAUUCCUCCUUUCAGUUCCCCGACUUCCUGGUAUGGUGGAGAAGGAGAACUUUGAGAUUGAAGGCCUUGAUUUUAUUUUUGUGUCAGAGGACCGGCUUCAUUACCGCAGCGCCAGAACUAAAGAGCUGGACAACAUGCUGGGAGACCUACACUGCGACAUCAGAGACAUGGAGACGGCGGUGAUGACUCAGCUCCAGGCCACGGUCCUGCAGCGCAGCAGCUGCCUCUAUAAAAUUUUGGCGCUGUACGCCGAGCUGGACUGCCUCAUGUCUCUGGCUCAGGCUUCUCAGGACUACGGCUACUGCCCACCUACAUACACCGAGCGCUGCAGACUGAACCUGCAACACGCCCGACAUCCGCUGUUGGAGCUGUGUGCACCGGUUUUCGUAUCAAAUCCAUGUGUUUGUUCUGACACUGAGGGAAAAGUGAAAGUUAUAACAGGACCAAACUCUUCUGGAAAGAGCAUUUACCUAAAACAGGUGGGACUGAUUGUGUUCAUGGCUCUGAUUGGCUCUGACGUACCUGCGAAAGAGGCAGAGAUCGGCCUGAUAGACGGCAUCUUUACACGCAUGCAGAGUCGUGAGUCUGUGUCUGUGGGCCUGAGCACCUUCAUGAUAGAUUUAAACCAGAUGGCUCAGGCUUUGAACUACAGCACAGGGAUGUCCCUCGUGCUGGUGGACGAGUUUGGGAAAGGAACCAAUACUGUGGAUGGACUGUCCCUCCUAGCUGCGUGUCUGAAUCACUGGUUAAACAGAGCGCCGGCUCAAUGUCCGCUCGUUUUUCUAGCUACAAACUUCCACAGCGUCCUGCAGCUGGACCUCCUGCCUCGCUCUCCACUGCUGUCCCUGCUGACGUUAGAGACUGCUAUAGACGGGGAAGAGUUGAUCUUUCUCUACCAGCUGAAGGAAGGGAUUUGUCAGUCCAGCUACGCCGCUAACAUCGCCACGCUCGCUGGCCUUCCACCUGCCCUGGUUCAGAGAGGACUGGAGGUAUCAGAUUUGUACAGAACAGGGAGGACCAUCCAAAGGAUUGACCAGCCCUCCAGUGAAGAACUGAUUACCAGAUGUGAGAGCGUGGUGGAGAAGUUCCUCAGCCUCAAUCUGGACGAUCCUUCAACGGACCUGCAGAGGUUUUUGAAAGACGAGCUGCUUCCCACCGUUGGAGAGGUGCUGUGAUGGACGUUCCUGAGUGAGUAACUUAAUGACGCUUUUUAAGUACAAGCCGAGUGCCUGAUUUGCUCACGUCAGUAACUUGGCACAGAAAUUCCAAACCACUGAAGUGGCUGUCUGAAUUAGUGUUUAUGUAAAGAUGUGUUUUAACUCUCUGCAUUUGUAUUGUCCUUUAUGAGAGUUUAUAAAGUUUAGAUAGUGAUAGAAAUGAACGUUAGUGAGAGAAUUUGUAGCAAAAGUAUGUUGGUAGAAGGAUUAGCAUUUCAGUUUGAGAUAUAUGUCAUGGUGUCGUAUAUCUUAUGUACAUAUUUAUUUAUUAUCCCAUCGUUGCUGUUAUUAAUGCCUUCUGUAUUUUGUUUCUAUCUUUCUAUUUUAAUCUAAUUUUUAUCCACUCCAGAAAGUGUUCUUGAGUAAAUGGUACAUGUUUAGUUUUCAAGGUUGAGAGAACGUUAAAUAUAUUUCAUGUAACUCUUAUUGAAAAAAUCUGCACUGAUGAAUCCCAUCCCAUCACCUCACUGUACACAAUCCACCGCUUUAUUUACAGUUUAUUCAUUUAUUCAGCUUCUAAAGCUAUUUGUUAUUAGAAAAGCAACACAUCUCACAAUCUGCAGCUCAACUUACAUGCAUACGUGACACCCUUCCAUGAGCUAGAGGUGAGUUGUGGAGCUUUCAUGGAAGUCGCUCUAUGACUACUGACAGAAUUAUCCAUCCUAAUCCAGGACAUUAGGCUCGGAGACCUCCGCUAAAUAGUCUCCAUCUGGUUCAACUGUAACACAGCAUUAUUAUGAGUAAAGCUUUAUUACUUCCUUUUUAAA